GUCCACAAUCUACACUUCAAACUUUUAGUUUCCAUAUCCUGGUAGUGGUAGAUGCAACAAUCAUUACAAACUACAAACUACGUUCAACGAAAUCUUUACAAACUAAGUUUACUAGCUAAUGCUAGAGAAAGAUGCGAGGUUCAACAAGGUUGGAUGGCAAUACCCAAUUCUUAUAAAUUGUUCAAAAUGGUAUCAAUAAUUGAAUCAAAUCAACGAAGAAAUGGAAUCCAGAGAUUCCCCACUUUACACCACAGUAGCAAAGCCAGUUGCAAAGAUAAACAGAGCCUACGGAUGCGUAUAUUUUUGUGCAAUUCUGGGGCUUCUAUAUUAUCGUAUCAAGUACAUGCCAAAAGAAGGAUAUGCAAUAUGGAUAUUGGUGUUUUGUGCAGAGCUAGGCUUGGCCUUCCAGUGGGUAUUAGAGAUGAGCUUCAGGUUGUGGCCAGUCGAUCGAUUUACUUAUCCAGAAAGACUCUCUGAGAGGUUUGAGAGGGAGCUACCUCCCAUUGAUGUAUUUAUAUGCACGGCUGACCAUGUUAAAGAACCUCCACUGGAUGUUUCAAACACUGUAUUGUCUACUCUGGCUUUUAAUUAUCCAGUAGAAAAAUUGACAUGUUAUGUAUGGGAUGAUGGAGGAUCCCCACUCACCUUUUAUGCUCUGUUGGAAGCUUCACGUUUUGCAAAGAUAUGGGUUCCUUUUUGCCAUAAGUAUUCCAUUCAGCAGCGAUGCCCAGAAGCAUAUUUUUCUGAAUAUUAUGUCAAUGAAAAUGAUAACUUCCCCUUCAUUACAGAAUGGGAAAAUGUCAAGUUUGUGUAGAAAUUGUACGAGGAGAUGAAAUAUCGUAUAAAUAGCACUGUAGAGAGAGGCACUGUUCCAGAACAUCAAUGCAAAGAACACAAUGGCUUCAAAGAAUGGAAACCGGAGAUGACUCCACGAGACCACCCGAGUAUAGUUCAGGUCUAAAUAAUCAUUGUUAAAAGAUUAUAUCUCUUAAACAAAUUAUAUUGCUUUAACUUUUUGAAAGUAAUAAAAUAUUCCAGAGCAAGUGGAAUAUUUUUAUCCAGUCACAUGCAGAUAUCAUUAAAUGGCUUUAAAAUAUUGUCUAUUUAUUUAACAAAACCAGAUCACUACUUACCCACUAUUUAAUCUCUCGAGUUUAUUAAAUAUUGCUGUGCAAAUUUUUUCAAUCCUAAAUACAGGUUUCGCUGGAAAGGGGCAACGACAUUAACGUUGAGGGCCAUGAUUUGCCCAGACUUGUUUAUGUGUCCCGUGAAAAAAGACAUGAUAUUAAAACGCACUCUACGUUAUUGAUGUGCACUCUUCAAUAGUCAAAUAAUCAAUAGCAACUUUACACCCCAUUCCUAUAAAAAGUGGUGAAUAGCUUUACAAUUUUGACUAUUUUUGAUUUGAAAUAUUUUUUUUAAUUUAUUAGAUUUUAUUGUCUUUUUAUAUGUUUUUCAUGUAGGCUUUGCUUGCAACUAGGAUCCUAUGAGGGGUGCGACAAGUUCUCUUUCUAUAUAGAUCAAACAAAUCUUUUUCAUUAUCAUAACUACUCUUGCUAUCAUCAUCUAAGUAUUUCAUGUGGGUCAUCAUCUAAGAAAGUUCUCUUUCUAUAUAGGUCAAACAAAUCUUUCUCAUUAUCAUAACUACUCUUGCUAUCAUCAUCUAAGUAUUCCAUGUGGGUCAUCAUCUAAGAAUUUCAUGUGGGGUUAGGUUUUCACACAAAAACCUAUUCUCUUAAAAUAAUAGGACAUAAAUCCAAAGACACAUAGGAUGAUAUAAAUUAUAAAAAAUGUUCCAACCAUUAU